UUAAAAACCACGCCGGUUUGUUUAUGGUUGUAGUUUUUACGGUGUACUUCCUUCCACUGGAUUUUCUGGAAGACCAGAUGUGGCAGAUGUAGGCUUCAGGUUAUGUAUGCAUUAUAGUGGAAAGAUACACAAGAUGUGAGUGAUCAGCAGCCAGCCAAGGUGUCCUCAGAUGCACUUGAUCGUCAGGACUCUUCAGGUUUAGAUGGUCAGGUACUUGCGUGGCCUAACUGUGUGAUAAACACGUUAUUGUUCUGCAGAAUUCAUUAUUUCAACACGUCCUGUAUUAACACACAAACAUGAAACAAGGUGGGCUGUGUUCAAAUCAUGGACCAAUUCUGGUAGUUUGUAGUACACUGUUGCUAUGGUUACAGUUUGUGCACCUUGCACGACUGGUUUACAGUGGUGGUAAUCUGUUGACUGGAUCUUUUCCUGGUUUAUCAUUUUAACUGACACUUUUUUCCUGUAACCGUACCUGAAUAUCACCAGAAUUUCAUGUGAAAGCACGUCCGUAAAAGUGUUUUUGCAUUUCAUCUGGACCUGGAGACAUUGUGUUUUCUUGGCUUGAGUCUAGCCUGGAAGCACUUUACAAUAUAAACCUCAACCACAAUCAUUAUGCAAUGUUUUCUUCUUCUUCUUUUUUUUUAGUAUUGUAAACAAACAAGACCACUGAUGAGCGAGCGGCUUCGUGUAUUUAAACACUGUGGGCCAACACAGCUCACAGUUACUGUUCUCCGCUUCACACCAUUAAAAGUGUUACUUCUCCUGACUGCAGACAGCUUCACAACAAGAACUUGAGUUUCUCCUGAGGUUCAGGGUCCUGCUGGUCCUCGAGGAAUUCGUCACCGCCCGUGGUAUCAGGAAAAAGCCUCAGAGUGAGUGCUCCCUGCUCUGCACUGCUCCGUGCUCUCCGAGCUGUAACCGGAUCAGGGCAGAGCAGAGGGACGUACAGGAGGCUUGUUUGCCUCCAAAUGAGCCAAUGAGGCCGGCUUUACAUUAGACUGACACUCCGGCUCAGCGAGCCCGGAGACGACGUCCCGGUUUCACAACCGGCCGACAGCCAAUGCGGAUCCAGGAGGGACAGGAACGGAGGGAAAAAACAAAAUACGAAUGUGACUUCCCGCAGGUCAAAUCGUUACCUGCCACCUGCGGUACAGUAGAGUCCGUUAGAGGGGAACAAGGGGGAACAACGUCCACAGCGAUGGCUCUGUCGCAGCUCCUCGACGACUCACCUCUGAGGUUAGGUCCUAAACCCGCCAGGGCCGACGACCUGAACCUGCAGGAGUUGUACAACGAGAGGCACCGCUUGGCUCUGGAGGAGCUGCUGUCUGGGGGGGUCGACAGUUUUUUGGACUUCCUCAGGAAAGAGAGGAUCCCCAACUUUCUAUCAGACGAUGAGAUCCAGAGGAUCAGGAGCGCCGCCGUGGCUCCCAAGCGGUGCGCGUCCUUCCUGGGUGAGGAUCAGGUCCUGGAGCAGUCCCUCAGCAGCUCCGUGGACUGCUCCUCGGUCACCUAUUUCCCCGAGGUGUCGGACGUUGAGCCGCCGCUGCUGGAGAUGGGCUGGCCCGCCUUCACUGCUGGUUCCUACAGGGGAGUCACACGGGCCGUGGCGCACUUCCAGCCCAGCUACGGGGAGUGCAUCUACAGCUGCAAGGAGGCUGCGAGGCGGAUGAUUAGAAGUGCCAGAGAGGUGAUUGCCAUAGUUACAGACUCCCUGACAGACCUGGAUAUCUUUAAGGAUCUCCAGGAAGCAUGCUCCCAACGCAAAGUCCCUGUCUACAUCCUGCUGGACCAAUCAUGUGCUCCUGCUUUCUUCAAAAUGUGCAGAAAUGUUGGCAUUCGCUUGGAUGACCUUCGGCAAAUGAGAGUACGAAUCAUAACUGGUACAACUUAUUACAUGAGAUCAGGUGCGAGGAUUACUGGGGAAGUUCACGAGAGGUUCAUGCUGAUUGAUGGAAACAGAGUGGCUACAGGUUCCUACAGGUUCAACUGGACUGAUGGCAAACUAAACAGCAGCAACCUGAUCGAGCUUUCUGGUCAGAUAACAGAGAAAUUUGACGAGGAGUUCCGCAUCCUCUAUGCCCAGUCUCUACCUAUAAACACCCUAGGACCUCCAAGUGUCCGAAACAGCGGCAUCUACGAUCACCUCCUCCUCAAACACUCGGCCACCUCCUCCCCUCACCCGGCCAGAGAGAGGCCUGCAGAGCUAGCGUGUUUGACCAGCACCCCCACGCGCAAACCCCAAACUGUAGCUGGCCAGUCCUUUUGUGAACCCUCGACUCCAGAUUGCCGUAAAGCCAACCCGGUGUCGGACACCUCCACCAUAAAUGAGGACUGGACGGAGCAGCAGCAAAUGCAGGAGGAGAUCCUGGCUGGUAGCACCACUGGUUUCCCUGCAGACCAGCUAGCAGAGAAAGAGUCGAUGACCCCCAGCACUGUCUCCUGCCACGUCUCCACUCAGACCAGUCGGUCAGUGACGGACAGUCACACCCAGACUGAUCAGCAGCUCACACAGCAACCCGACCGCAUCACACCAACAAGCACAGAGCCAAACGGGGACACAGCUCCCUCCUUUGCGUCUUCCAGGCAGAUCUCGCCCACCCAGGCAGCUCCAGACGCAACCUUAAAGGACUGCUUCCACAAGCUGACCAAAGAGCGCCAGUACCACUACUCUACCAUCCGCUCCAAGCUGGAGCACAUGGUGACCGCCCUGUCCCAGAGGCGAGAGCUAGCGGACGUCACCAACAUGACUCAAGGACCUAGCGCUCACAGCAGGCAGACGGUACACAAAGACUGUGGGCAGGAACCAAACCCCAGACUGCUUGUUGAAAGUGCGGGCAUGGGCACAUGGCCAAGAGCCAGAUGUGUACACUAGUUUGUCUUCAGGGAUUUUCAGUGAUGGGGGGUUUGGUGGGGGGGGCGUGGCAAGGUUUCUUGCGGAUACUCUGUUUCAAAUAAAUGGUUUUGGCUUAUGCAGUAGAAUUCCAGCUUUCUUCUAUUUGUCUUCUUUUCUGCAGUGCCCACUUUUGUCCUGCUUUUCACGCUGUGUCCUGUCCAUGUCGAAACAAUUUUUGGUGAACGGGUAAUGUAGAUUUGUAAAUGACAUUAACAUCUUGUAGAAAUUAUGUGAACCAAAGACACUGUGCAAAAAAUGACUUUCUUAACCAUGUCAGUUUAAUGAAUAUCAUUUGCUGAAGUGGGUGAAACUGGAUAUUAUCUGCUGUAGUAUGAGUGAAAAUACAUUGAAGUGCUGUUUUGGUUGUUUAAUCACAUUUGGCUGCUGUAGCUGCAUCUGAACAACAUUCCAGAGAGCAGCUGGCUCUCACUGUGCUCUAAUAAACAAAGUAGUAUUUUG